GAGAGAGAGGCUGGUGUGUGGUGUGUAUGAGAGGGGUGAGAUUUGAGAAAUAGGAGGGGCUUCUAAACGACUAGAAAUGUCAAUCUGAGCAAGGGAGUCCCAAUAAUCUAAAGCAAUCUGUAAGGACCUGACCUUAGUCCAUCCAGAUCAAUAGGGAAGUGAGGGUGGAAAGAAGAAGAAGAGGAAGAAAUAAGGGGCGCAACCGGAUCGUUUACACUGGCUGUUCCCGAGGAAAUAUAGACUUCCCUUGCUUGCACCUUUUGUUGCUCACAUGCUCACACUGUAAAAGUGGAUAUCGAGGCAAUUCCCUUGCUUUGUGAGAUUGAAGCAGACUUUUUUCCCCCCCUUUUCCUACCACCAUGUCUUUCCCUCAGCUGGGAUAUCAGUACAUCCGACCGAUAUACCCGCCGGAGCGCCAGGGGAUCGCCAGCAAUGCCCGGGCCGGGACAGAGCUCAGUCCGUCCGGCGCACUCUCCAACGUCCUCUCCACUAUGUAUGGAUCUCCUUUCGCCGCGGCAGCGCAGGGCUAUGGAGCGUUUCUCCCCUACUCUAACGAUAUAUCCAUUUUCAACCAAUUGGGUGCUCAGUAUGAACUGAAAGACAGUCCCGGUGUCCAGCACCCAGGGUUUGCCCACCAUCACCCUGCUUUUUACCCAUAUGGCCAGUAUCAGUUCGGUGACCCGUCCAGACCCAAAAACGCCACCAGGGAGAGCACCAGCACCCUGAAGGCCUGGCUCAGUGAGCACCGCAAGAACCCCUACCCAACCAAGGGCGAGAAGAUCAUGCUGGCCAUCAUCACCAAAAUGACCCUCACCCAGGUGUCCACCUGGUUCGCCAACGCCAGGAGGAGGCUAAAGAAAGAGAACAAGAUGACCUGGGCCCCCCGGAACCGCACCGACGAAGAGGGAAAUGUUUACAGCAGCGAUCACGAGGGGGAGGAGGGGGACAAGAGGGAGGACGAGGAGGAGAUCGACUUGGAGAACAUCGACACGGAAAAUAUUGAGAACAAGGACGACUUGGACGACCAGGACGACCUGCAUUCAGAUAUUAAACUAGACGGGAGGAGUGACUCAGAGAUUUCUGACGGCUAUGAGGAUUUACAAGGGCCCGACCAGAGGUUUCUAAAGGCUGUGGGGAAAGAUGGCAAAGACGUGGAGAGAGGAGGAGAGCACUUCCACAGCCACCACCACCACCAUCACCACUCUUCAUUGGACAUCAAAGCGUCCCAACCAAACGGGGAACAGCUCAAACUGAACCCGGUCUCCGUUAGCUCGCCGCCCUCAGAAAACAACCCUGCGCCAGCCCAAAAGCCAAAGAUCUGGUCUUUGGCAGAGACAGCCACGGCCCCUGACAAUCCGCGCAAAUCGCCACAAAUGAACGGCAGCAACUCCGCAGGGCCGGCCGCCCAGACCAUAAUAGCCCCUCACAGACUCAUCUCUUCUUGUCCCGUUGGGAAAAUCCAGAACUGGACGAACCGAACCUUCUCGGCGCAUCAGCUGGCUUUACUGAACUCAAAUCAUUAUCUGGGACUGGCAAACCAGGCCACUGCCACCGGCCUGGCCCUCUACAGCAGCAGGCAAACGGAGGACAAGAGUCAUAGUUCAGAGACUCCAGUCACAGGUACAUGUCCCCGACACUGAGACGCGCAUGUAUAAAUAGGCCUAACUACAAAACAAAGACACUAGUCCAUUGCUCGUCAUUCAUUUCUAUUAUUUUAGACCUCCUUUUUGCCUUCAUGGAUUUUUUUUUCUCUCUCUAGGCCACACAGAUGAACAGUGUUACAAUGUUAUAGCUUACAGAGUACAGUGUAUGUAUGUGUGUGUGUGUGUGUGUGUGUGUGUGUGUGUGUGUGUGUGUGUGUGUGUGUGUGUGAAUCUGCUUUGAAAAAUGUCCGAGAGGAGGAUGGAAACCUCAUCAGAAAGCAUUUAAGAAAACGUGGAAUUGGGUGAAAACUGUUCUUAAUUUCUGUGCCCCUUCCCUUCUUUUUUUUAUUUGGUUAUUGUUACAUCCAUGUGAUAUUAAGGCCCAUGUGCUUGUAUUUAAUGGUUUACAUAAAGCCCCCCAACACAUUAAACUCAACUAGUCUUCAACACUAAAUUUACUGAAACCCAGGAUGGGCUCUGAUCACUUAACAUUUUAAUUUUCAUUGCCACAGUUUAAGAGGGAUCUUAGUGCCUUGGAUGCAGAAGAGAAGUUGUUAAAAACAGCUUUCCACCCAGUUCAAAGAUAGUGAGGCUGUCAAUUAAUGACAUUUGGGAAUUUUCUUUUAGAUGCCAUAUCACAUUUUCCUUUUUAAAACGCCAUAUUUACCCGUAUUAGCUUUUAUUCUAAGUUUUUUUUUUUUUUAUCCCUGUGUGUGCGCUUGUGUUAUUUCGUCAAGGCCUAUGUUGUUACACUUACUUGUUUGGUCAUGCAAAUGAGCUCAAUGCAAAUUCACUACAGGCUGGUUUUUGAAAGGCAAUUGUCACUUUUAUAUCUCUUUGUGUUUUAGCUCUUCAUGAGGCUAUUAUUAGUGUUUUUUUAGAUCACUAUUUUUUUUUUUUUUUUUUUUUACCCCUGUAUAUUCCAGGCCUCAGAACCAACUAGAAGCAGCGAUGGUUCUUUCGGCUCUCUCUCUUUCCAUAAACCCUCACCCAUCCUCUGUUUUUUUAUUUUAAUUUGAAUAUGGAAUGUAAAAUAAGAAUAAUACAUCUCUGUAUACUUACGUUGUAAGCAUGUCCUGUGUAAAACUGCUAAUGUAAUAAUGUAUGAACCUGUAGUCUGUGAGUUUUUUUUUUUCUUUUUGUAAGUUCUGUGAGGAUUUGAUGUUCAAAUGUUUUGUAUAUAAAGUUAAGAAUAUGUACAUACUUGUGAACCAAAUUGUACAAGAAAGUCUAUAUUUUGGCUAAUAAAUGAACUGCUGCAACUUUAAGAAAUUGUUGCUUUUUGGCCGGGCCAUUUUGACAGCUGCUUUUGAUGGUGGCUGUUACUGUGCAUUGCAGUUUGAAUUGCACUGCUUUGGUUUUUUGUGUGUGUGAUAGUGGACAGCCUGAGGCACAGACUUCAUCCUCCGUGGCAGUGAUAAGUAAAUAUUCGAAAGGGAUUUAUCACACUUUUAUAGUGGAGGGACUUAAGGCUAAUUAGCCAGUGUUGCGGCAUAUACAUUUGGAUAUUCAUGUUGUGGGAUUAUCCUUAUA